AUGUACCCUACUCUUUCCUCUCACCCAACCCCCACCCACAACUUCCUCAUCCAGCCUCACGAUUUUCUAUCUUCUCUGGUUGCCAGGUAUGCAAAUUUCCGCGGGAGUGCCAACUAUCUCGAGUACAUGUACACAUAUGACGACUGCGUGGCGAAUAAAAAGCAAUCUUACAUACAAGAAACGUGUGGCUGCUAUUCAGACGACCUAUUCGUGCCAAUUGAAUUACCUGACGUAGAUGGUGAUCGUAGCGCCAACGAUAAGGCUAGGUCGCGUUUUUGGCCUAAAUGGUUGGGUAGAAAACAUAAAACAGUACUGGUCUCGGAUGAAGAACGAAGAAAGGAACAGAUUUUCUGUCGAGAUGUUCGUCGGAAAACCUCGAACCAAAUUCGUGACCACUUUCUGUGUCACGAACAGCACGCAAGGAUGGCCACUACGAGGGUGUUGGAUCAAUUUGUUUCGCCUAACCUGCUGUUCCACAGCCGAUUUGACCCCGACCAACGAAAGAUCUACAGACACGAUAUCUGCUCGAUGCUGUGUGACAAAGUGAGACCACUAUAG